AUGCCCGAAAUCGAGAUGCCUGAUGCCGACGAGCUCGGCGGUAACGUGACAAAGCCCUUUAAAUUCGUCACCGCUGGAUACGACGCUCGCUUCCCCAACCAGAACCAGACCAAGCACUGCUGGCAAAACUACGUCGACUACCACAAGUGCAUUCUUGCAAAGGGUGAAGACUUCAAGCCCUGCAGACAGUUUUAUUUGGCAUACCGAUCAUUGUGCCCCAGCUCCUGGGUGGGUAGAUGGAACGACCAACGUGAGGCUGGAAACUUCCCUGUCGAUUUGGAGCAUUAG